GACCGCACCGCACCGCACAGCGCCGCGCCGGGGCCCAUGUGGGGAGGAGUCGGAGUCGCCGUUGCCACCGCUUGUGUCAGCCGGACCCGAGUGGGAGUGAGGGGGGAAAAGCAGGAGGAUGAAGUUCGCCGAGCACCUCUCCGCGCACAUCACUCCCGAGUGGAGGAAGCAGUACAUCCAGUAUGAGGCUUUUAAGGAUAUGCUAUAUUCAGCCCAGGACCAGGCGCCUUCUAUGGAAGUUACAGAUGAAGAUACAGUGAAGAGGUAUUUUGCCAAGUUUGAAGAGAAAUUUUUCCAAACCUGUGAAAAGGAACUUGCCAAAAUUAAUACCUUUUAUUCAGAAAAGCUUGCAGAGGCUCAGCGCAGGUUUUCUACCCUUCAAAAUGAGCUUCAUUCCUCGUUGGAGGCACAGAAGGAAACAAGUGGUGUUUCUACACUUCGAAAGCGCAGAAAUCCAGUUUUCCACCUGUCCCAUGAAAAACGUGUUCAAUAUAGGAACAUUCGAGACCUUAAACUGGCCUUCAGUGAGUUCUACCUCAGUCUUAUCCUGCUGCAGAACUAUCAGAAUCUGAACUUUACAGGGUUUCGUAAAAUCCUCAAAAAGCAUGACAAGAUCCUGGAGACAUCUCGUGGAGCAGAUUGGCGAGUGGCCCAUGUGGAAGUGGCACCAUUUUACACAUGCAAGAAAAUCAACCAGCUCAUCUCUGAGACAGAGGCUGUGGUGACCAAUGAACUUGAAGCUGGAGAUAGACAGAAGGCCAUGAAGCGUUUACGGGUUCCUCCUUUGGGAGCAGCUCAGCCUGCACCUGCAUGGACUACUUUCAGAGUUGGCCUGUAUUGUGGAAUAUUCAUCGUGCUGAAUGUUGCCCUUGUGCUCACAGGUGCAUUUAAGCUUGGUGAUGAUAAGAUGAUAUGGCCUCUAGUAAGAAUCUAUCGAGGUGGCUUUCUCCUAAUUGAGUUCCUUUUUCUAUUGGGCAUCAACACCUAUGGUUGGAGGCAAGCAGGAGUGAAUCAUGUGCUCAUAUUUGAACUCAAUCCCCGCAACAAUUUAUCUCAUCAGCAUCUCUUUGAGAUUGCUGGAUUCCUUGGGAUAUUGUGGUGCUUGAGCCUGCUGGCAUGCUUAUUUGCUCCAAUCAGCGCUAUUCCCAUACAAGUUUACCCACUUGCACUAUAUGGAUUCAUGGUUCUCUUUCUCAUCAACCCCACCAAAACUUUCUACUACAAGUCCCGGUUUUGGCUGCUUAAACUCUUGUUCCGAGUGUUCACAGCCCCCUUCCAUAAGGUAGGCUUUGCUGAUUUCUGGCUGGCCGAUCAGCUGAACAGCCUGACAGUGUUACUUAUGGACCUGGAAUAUAUGAUCUGCUUCUACAGCUUUGAGCUCAAAUGGGAUGAAAGCAAAGGCCUGUUGCCAGAUAAAAUGGGAGGAACAGAUAUUUGCCACUCGUACAGCUAUGGAGUGCGAGCCAUUGUUCAGUGCAUUCCAGCUUAUCUGCGAUUCGUCCAGUGCCUGCGCCGGUACCGAGACACAAAAAGGGCCUUUCCUCACUUAGCUAAUGCUGGCAAAUACUCCACAACUUUCUUCGUGGUGACAUUUGCAGCUCUUUACACAACUCAUAAAGCCCGAGACCACUCAGACACCUCAGUGUUCUUUUAUCUUUGGAUUGUCUUCUGUGUCAUCAGCUCCUGCUAUACCCUCUUUUGGGAUCUGAAGAUGGACUGGGGUCUAUUUGAUAGGAAUGCUGGGGAAAAUACCUUCCUUCGGGAAGAGAUUGUCUACCCCCAAAAGGCCUAUUAUUACUCCGCCAUCAUUGAGGAUGUGAUACUGCGCUUUUCUUGGACUAUCCGAGUCUAUGUCAUCACCCUGAAUCUUAACCCUCAUGUUGGGGAGAUCAUCUCUACUGUAUUUGCUCCCCUUGAGGUUUUUCGGCGGUUUGUGUGGAAUUUCUUUCGAUUGGAGAAUGAACAUCUAAACAACUGUGGUGAAUUUCGUGCUGUGCGAGACAUCUCUGUGGCUCCCAUGAAUGCAGAUGAUCAAACGCUGCUGGAGCAGAUGAUGGACCAGGAGGAGGGCGUGCGGAACCGCCAGAAGAUCAGGACGUGGAAGUACAGCCAGGGCCUGACGCUGCGCCGACCUUACCUGACUCAAUCCAAGUCUCGUGAUACUAAGGUAUUGAUAGACGACACAGAUGAUGAAGCUAACACAUGAAUUGAGUCUAAAUCUACAUCCUUUUUUCCCCCAUUCAACAACCCUUUCCUCGACCAACUCAGCCUCUGGUACCUUUCCAGCUAAAAACAGGAGAAGACAUUUAACACACUUUCCGAGCUCUUCUGGAUCGGAUCCUAUGGACUCCAAACAAGCUCACUGUGUUUCUUUUCUUUUCUUCUGGUUUUAUUUUAAUUUUCUACUUUUAAAAUAAAUAUUUACUUCAUUUUGCCAAUCAGAGGACAUUUUAAGGAAAAAAAAAACCACAAUUUAUCUUAAGGAUUGUUUACAAUCACAAGGACAUAGAAAACUAUCUGGAUGAAGAACAGGCACAGCAAGGACCCAAUAAUGGGACAGACCGAGGUUACUCGGCUUCUGCUUGGCCCGGUUUUGACUGGUUAAAACCGGACAUUGGUUUUUAAAUUUGUUUGAGAAUUUUUUUUUCUUUCCUUCAUAUCCAGCGCAACGGCACUGGCUGCACUUGCAGGGAAAGUGCACUUAGAGCAGUACCUUCAUUCACGAAGCUACUUUUUAAUUUGAUGUAACUUUUCUUAU